UGCGCUCUCCUUGACCGCCGUGAGGUCAAUCUGGGAAAGGCCGAGAAACGCCGAUGGAGACGAGAGGCCGCGAUGUACCCCCAGGUCCGGCGAACGCCGAGGCGUCGCCCGCGGCGCAGCCACCAGCGCCCGAAACCCUAGCCGAAGCUCCUCGGAGGAGAGCCAGCGGUGCCAAGAGGAAAGCCCAUACUCUGUCCUCUUUCGCCGGUACCUCCUUCUCCGCCCCCCCGAAGCGCCAGGCCAAGGAGAGGAACCUCCUCCACCAUGUCUUCCCCGUUCACAACGGCCCCUGCACCAGAGCUCGGCAAUCGCCUCACAAGGUCGCGGCCGCCGCCACUCAUAAGCCUACCGAUCAUGUUGCGGUGCCCGCGUGGGCCACGGAGACUAAGGCAAAGGACGCCUCGGCCGACGGAGGACAGAUCAAGGCGGAGGAAGAGGAGGUGUCUGAGGAGCCGCUCGUGGAUGUGGAGUUUGAGGCCAUUCGAUCUCGAGGUGCCAGCGUUCAUGCUGUCCCUACUCCUGCCGGAUGGUUCUCAUGGAAUAUAAUUCAUCCUGUGGAGAAGCAUAUGUUGCCUUCUUUUUUUGAUGGGAAGUCUGAAAACUGGACAUCUGAAGUGUACAUGGAAAUUCGGAAUUCCAUCAUGAAGAAAUUUCAUUCCAACCCUCAGAAGCAGGUGGAACUCAAAGAUUUCUCAGAGCUGUCUGUGGGAGAUGCAAAUGCGAGGAAAGAAGUCCUGGAAUUCUUGGACCACUGGGGUCUGAUCAAUUUUCAUCCUUUUCCACCAUCCAUACCCGAAGCAAGCAAAUCUGAUGCUGAUGACACAGUUAAAACAUCAUCUUUGGUCGAUAAGUUGUACCAAUUUGAAACAAUUCAGUCCUUUCUCCGAAUUAAAGAAGAGCCCUUGGUACCUGCUGCACCACCUUGCUUGCUACCAGAGUCUGCCCUAACUGAUGAUUUGGUUAGGCCAGUUGGUCCUUCUGUUGAGUACCAUUGCAACUCUUGCUCAGCUGAUUGCUCUAGAAAGCGCUACCAUUGCCAAAAGCAGGCAGAUUUUGAUUUGUGCAUUGAUUGCUACAACGAGGGGAAGUUUGGAUCUGGCAUGUUACCAGCUGAUUUCAUCCUUAUGGAAUCUGCAGAGGUUCCUGGUUUAAGUGGUGGGAGUUGGACAGAUCAGGAAACUCUGCUUCUACUAGAAGCCUUGGAACUUUUUGGGGAGAACUGGAAUGAGAUUGCUGAACAUGUUGCUACAAAAACCAAAGCCCAAUGCAUCUUACAUUUUCUUCAAAUGCCGAUUGAGGAUUCUUUCUUAGAAGGCGAUGAUGAUGAUAAUGACAAUAACCUGGAUAGCAAGAAUCAGACUUCAUCAAAUAAAGAAUCAACAGCCACAAAUACUUCUGAAUUGAUGGAAUCUGACAAGAAAGAAGCAAAGGAGGAUGAGGAACGCUCUCCUGCAGAUGCUCUUGAGGCUGAAACAAAAAAAUUUGAAAGUUCUGAAAAUAUAGAUGAACGUAUAACUUCCAAAACAGAUCCUUUGGUGAAUAAGAGUACUGAUGACAAACAUAUUUUCCAAGAAAAUGGGGCCAGUUUUGCUAUUGAUGCACUGAAGGCUGCAUUUCAGGCUGUUGGAUACUUUCCUGAACAAGGAUUGGGUUCAUUUGCAGAAGCAGGAAAUCCAGUCAUGGCACUUGCAGCAUUCUUAUCAGGUGUUGUAGAAUCUGAUUCUCUUAUCACCUCAUGCCGCAGUUCCCUGAAAGCCAUAUCAGAGGAUUCACCUGGCAUCCAGCUUGCUACCAGGCAUUGUUUUGUUCUUGAAGAUCCCCCAACUGAUAGUAAGGAUCCAUCUCUCUGUGUGAGUCCUGAUAUUGAAACAAGCAAUGCGGGGAUUCAUAAGGAUGAAAGCAAAAUGUCAAUUUUAGAUACCACCGACAAAUCAGAGGAGCAGAACAAGAUUGCUGCCUCUACGGAGAAUGAUGGGAACUCAUCCAGUUUGUUGCAAGAUUCUUCACCAAAAGAAACUGAUGUGGAAGAAGUAAAUGAUGCGACUCCAAAGAAGGCAGUGCUCGCCACUGUUCAGGAAUCUGUUGAUCAGUCUUUGUCUGGGGACCAGUGUAUGGCUAGUAACGCGAAGGGUGUAACUGGUGCUUCUUUGCCUGUAGAACCUAUGCCCAACGUUAUGAAAGAAACUGAAGAUUUAGCUUUUCAAGGUGAAGUUACAAAGAGUAAGAAGGCAAAGGAAGUUAGUUGUCCCAACUCAGUGGAUCAGAAAUCAAAUAGUAUGAGAAGUUCAGAUGAUCUAGCUUCAACAGACAGGGUCCAACAGCAUGCAGAUUCUACAAAGGCUGUAGAUAAGAUACGUACUUCAGUUAUCUCAGAAGAACAAGUGCGCGUGCCAACAGGUGGUUCAAUCGAUGAAAUUAAAGACAAAGCAGUUGAGGGUGAGAGAAAAGAGUCAUGCAACAAUGAUGAGAAAAUUUUCAACCCAACUGCAGUUGAUGAUGAUCUUAAGAUAGAUAGGUUGAAACGUGCUGCAGUGACUGCACUCUCAGCUGCUGCUGUGAAGGCUAAGCUUCUUGCCAAGCUGGAAGAAGAUGAAAUUCGGAAACUCGUUUCUUUGAUUAUUGAAAAGCAGUUGCAUAAGUUGGAGGUGAAGUUGGCAUUUCUCACCGACAUAGAAAGUGUCGUCUUCAGGAUGAGAGAACAAACAGAGAAAGCAAGACACAGACUUAUGCUUGAGCGUUCACAGAUAAUUGCUGCUAGACUUGGUGCAGCACCCGCUUCCCUACACAGAGCCAACCCAUCUUCCUUACCAAUAAACAGAUUAGCCAUGGGAUACAGCGCAACUGGUCUAAAGCCACUUAACAUUGCAUCGCGGAAUCCACCACCUGUAAGGAGGCCAUGAAGAUGGGAAUCUAGUUGCUUUUGUACUCCCUGGUCUUGGCAACAUUGUUGUAGAAUUGUUGGAUCAUUGCAGCGGUUGGACCAAGCUGGUUUUCUGAACAUGAUUCAUUUUCUUCUCGUCGGAGAACUGCUUUGUUUCUGAUUUCAUAUCAACCAGGUUCAUCUAUUAAUGUUGUAUUCACCUAAAGGAAAGAAGAUCUAUUUAUAUCUGUAAUCUGCCUGAUCUUUACCUUGUAACCACCACUCGGUCAACGUUCACUAAGGUAAGACCAUAAGAGGAAUGAUUGCUGCUAUAACCAUGAUAGCCACAAUAUUCUGACUGCUGCUCCCCUCCACUGAAGUGGAUAGUGAAAACAUAUACAGGUGUGAUGCAAAAUGAGAGAGUCAAACUGAAGAAAGGAUCACAAGUAUGUCUUCUCUCGAACGAAUGUUUUCAUGCAUGUAUUUGACUUCA